GUUUAAGCGGAAAUAAAGUAUUCAGUCACAGAUAAAAUAUGUUUUUUAAUACUUUUAUUUUGAGUUUGUUUGUGAAAUCAAGUUACAGACGUUAGGAAUAAAUAAGUUUAUAUAUAUCCCUAUUACGGGGUUCCAGACGAUACUAGAUUUUUUAAAUUUCGGCACAAACCGGAAAAGACGCCAUUUUCAACUCACUUUUGACGUGCCGCGUACUUCUUAUGCCCACUUUGCCGCUUCACGGGAACCGGCCAUCAUAAUUUGCAAGCGGCAAGCUUUCUUGUGUUUGUAAAAUUUCUGUAGUUCUUUAAUUUUGUGACACAUUUGUAGUGUUUUGUUGAACAUCAAUUCCUGAUCCUCAAAUUUCCUGCCUACCAGCUACACAAUGGGUGACGAGAAAAAGGGAAAUGAAGCCGAACACAUUAACCUUAAGGUACUUGGACAAGACAACGCCGUGGUCCAGUUUAAAAUUAAAAGACACACACCCCUCAGGAAACUUAUGACUGCAUACUGCGAGCGAGCGGGAAUCAGUACCCAAGUAGUUCGAUUCCGUUUUGAUGGCAACCCUAUAAACGAUGCUGACACCCCAAAUUCUUUAGACAUGGAAGAAGGUGAUACAAUUGAAGUGUAUCAGCAGCAGACUGGUGGAUUGUGUUGAGCUUCUCUUUUUUAUGUAAACUUAUUCUUAUUGUCAUUUGAAGUUAAUGUCAAUAUUAAAAUUAAAGUAGUUUUAUUAUGUAUAAUAGAUAAUAAGUUAAGUAUUUAAUUUCUUUGAAUAUUAGUUCACUUUUCAACCAAAAUUUCUGUGUGUAAGUAGGUCUGACAUUAUGUUUAUUGUUGGACAACAGUUUCUCAUACUGAGAGGUUUUUUGUAAUAUUGUUCUCAGAUUUUUACACAAAACAAAAACUGGAACUUAAGUUUAAUUAAUAUAAUUUUUCUUAUUAA